AUGAAAGACAUAAUCGGGAUAUCAAACUCAAACAAGCCGUUUGGAGGUAAAGUUGUUGUUUUUGGAGGAGAUUUUCGUCAAAUCCUCCCGGUGAUACCAGCGGGAAACAAGGAGGAAAUAGUCAAUGCUUCCCUAAAUCAUUAUUUCUUAUGGGAUAAUUGCAAGGUGUUGAAACUCACAAAGAACAUGCGUCUGCAUAGUGGGCAAACCGAUCAGGACAAGGAGGAAAUCAAAAAAUUCACCGACUGGAUAUUGACCGUUGGAGAAGGAACGGCAGGCGAACCAAACGACGGGACUACAGAAAUUGAGUUCCCAGAAGACGUGCGGCUCAGAUCCGAAAAAAACCAUGUCGAUUCAAUUGUCUCGACAAUCUAUCCUUCAAUUACUGAACAUCUUAAUGGAAAAGGAUAUUUUGAAGACAAGGCCAUUUUGGUUCCCACAAAUGAAGAGGUCGACUCAAUCAACGAAUACGUACUAUCAAAGAUUAAAAGCGACGAGCACACGUACUUCAACUCAGACAACGUCUGCCCGUCAGAGUUCAUUGACGAGUUCCAACAGUCUUUGUACGCACCGAAAAUCCUAAACGGGUUCAAAGUUCCGGGAAUCCCUAACCACAAGCUGGUUCUAAAGGAAGGCGUGCCUGUGAUGUUACUUCGCAAUAUAGACCAUCGUAACGGGUUAUGCAAUGGAACAAGAUUGAGGGUAACAAGAUUAGGGAAGCAUGUCAUUGAAGCAGAAGUGAUAUCUGGCAACAACAUUGGAUACAAAACAUACAUCCCGAGAAUGAAGCUAAUACCGUCAGAUCAAAGAAUCCCGUUCAAGUUUCAUAGACGACAAUUUCCGUUGGUCGUUUCUUUCGCAAUGACAAUAAACAAAAGUCAAGGCCAAUCUUUAUCAACGGUGGGUUUGCAUCUACAACGACCAGUUUUCACGCACGGAUAG